AUGGCAUUUGGGAACCAGAGCGCAGUCAAAGAGUUCAUUCUUCUUGGACUCUCAGACAAUUCAAAAAUGCAAGUUCCAUUGUUCCAGUUGUUUUUGACGAUUUAUAUGUUCACUUUGGCUGGAAAUGGUGUGCUCAUCACGGCUGUGAGAGUGGACAACCGUCUACACACCCCUAUGUAUUUAUUUCUCAGCAAUCUGUCCUUCCUGGACAUCUGCUACACAUCAAUCAUUGUCCCCAAGAUGUUGGUGAACAUCGCUAUAUCUUCCAAAAGUAUUUCAACUGCAGGCUGUUUCCUCCAGGUUUAUUUGUACCUGUUCUUGGGUGAAACAGAGUGCAUCCUUCUUGCUUUCAUGGCCUUUGACCGGUAUGUUGCUAUCUGUAACCCUCUGCGUUACAAUGUGAUUAUGAACACAGCCUCCUGUAUCAGGAUUAUCAGUACGUCUUAUAUGACUGGCUCUGCUAUAUCCUCAGUUGAUAUCUUCUUUACCGCUACGUUAAAAUUCUGUGGACCAGUCAUAAUCGACCACUUCUUCUGUGAAGCUCCUUCAUUACUGCAACUAUCUUGCAGUGAUCUAACGGCGAACAACAUUGUAGCUUUGAUUGGUAGCACAACAUUGAUUUUUAUUCCACUGUCUCUCAUUCUCUUUUCUUACACACAAAUUUUCCUUGUGGUUGUGAAAAUCCCCUCCGGGAAAUACAAAGCCUUCUCCACAUGUAUUUCUCACAUCAUUGUCAUGGUCAUUUUCUAUGGGACAGUUAUGUUCAUGUACCUGAGACCAAGGUAUUCUGCUACAGAAUUUACUGACAAACUGGUGUCAGUUUUCUAUACGAUUGUUACCCCAAUGUUAAACCCUUUAAUCUACAGCCUGAGAAAUAAAGAUGUACUAAGAGCUCUUCGGUUAUUGGGAAGGAUCCGGAGAAAUCACCACAAUAUCUUUAUGGUGUUUCUCAGUGAAGAGUCUCUCUACUGUGAAGCUAUGAAGCUAGCAGAUGAUGAAGUCUCUUUACCAGUGUGA